AUCAAAUUUAUACCAUAUGGGAAACUUUAUCAUCAACCCUUUUAAUAGGACGAGAAGUGUUUGAUCUACUUUACACUCCUUUUAUUUACAAAAAAACCAAAGAACCAUGUCUAAUUUCAAACCAGAAUUUAUCGUGCCCGCACACCGUUUUCCCACUUUGUAUUGUGGCUUUAACAGCACCAGUGUGGGUUUAUUUCAUAACAAAUACCCACACAGCAAUGUCGAGAAACUUUUGUAAUAUAUGGAAGGAAAAAAAAACACUACUUUGUUUAGAAUUGACCUUAUAUAUGUUAUAUAUUUCCAUAUCAUUAUCUCGAUCAACGGUUAUCGACAUCACGAGUGUAACGCCUUCAACCUUACAUUAUUAUGCAAAACAAUGGCAAGAAGCAUCAAACAAGCUUUUUCAUAUAGCCAAUGAAAACAAUUCUUUUUCUACACUUUCUAAUCCAUCCGCAGAACAAUCUGUAGCAACACCUCGACGGCAUGCACUUGCUGAUACCCAUACGUUUUCGUCUAAAAAAACAGAUUGUGGUAUGUCCCAAACCACACAUAAUGUUCCGUUUUCCCGUUUGGUGUCCCAAAUACGGGCACAUCAACUUGAGGCUGUACGACUUUUGAUGCAUGAUUCUCAAUUUAUUCAAACGAAUAAAGAGUUGCUUUCUUCAGUCAAAGCAGCAAAAGGUUCUGGUAGUACAUAUCCGUGUACAUUUUCGACAGCUGAUGUCAUACGUCUUUCAACAAGUCUUACCAGUUUUUAUUUACAUCGCCCUUUUUCAACAAGUUUAGCGUUAUUAUGUGCUACGGAAGCUUUUUCAGAAUGUUACUUUCUUCGUUAUUUAAAUGAAAAUUGUUUAACUUCACAAACAACAUGUUCUAUGAUGGAGAGAAAAGAUCCAUUGGAAGAAAUAGUAUUUCAAGACAAUUUGGAUACGGAACGUUUCAAAUACCAACAUUUAAUGCCAGUGUGUCCAGCGCAUAAUAUGACGGAUUUUGAUGAGUCUUUUUGGUCUAUGCCAAAUGUCAUUCAUGAAACGUCUUCAAUAUUCGAAUUCAAAAUGAACUCUUUAGCUUUGACUCUAGUACGACCUUUUGAUUCUCUUCAAACAUCUCAAAGUCGUCAAAUUUUUCAUUUCGCCUACCUGAUGAUCAAUGCAGCUAUGAAUCUUUUCAGUUCUUGGCUAUCUAUUGGCGAUGAUAACGAUGCAUGUGACGUUUUAGUCACGACUCUUGUCACAUUAAGCCACCGUUUAAUCCUUCCCCUACCUUAUUACACUUUAGCUAGCCAUUUACUUUGCCUUCAAAUUCAAAAAGUUUGUAGUAAAACAUUUUCCCGUGAUAUACCUUUCUUUUUAAAGAAUUCUCUUUUUCAGUCGACUAUUCUUUACUUAUUACCAGCCCUGUACCGAUUCUGGUCAAAAUGUCUUUUAGCACUGGCUGAAAAAAAAACAAAAUAUUUGUUAACACAGCAUCUAAUUAUGCCAACUUGUUUACUUUAUACAGGACCCACCCUCAUUUCAAACACGUAUACAUUGAAUUCAUUAGAUCUUUUACUUCAUAAGCUUUUACAAUUUUAUGAAACUCUAAUAAAAGUUUUUCCAAUUUUAACCACGCGUUCUUAUAAUAAAAAUUAUUUAAAAGAAAAAAAGCCACUGUUAGUAACAUAUGAGCAUAUGUUCUAUUCUAUUUCAUUUCUUUAUACAAAACUUUUAACUCUUAGUGAAACAAUUUUAACUUUUCCAUGUUUUCAAAAAAACACUUCCCUUGAAUCAACAUUAAUGUAUUUCCCUAAAAUGGAUGCAAUAACUCAUGACCUAUCUUUUGUGAAAUCCCUUGAAACAGUAUUUCAGUGUAGUAUUAAAAUUUUUUCUUGUUUGAAUGACUUUCCAGCUUCCACAUUCUUUCACUGUUGUAUGGAGACUCUUCAAUCUUUUGAUGAAUGUACUAAAACUUUUUUGACCACAUUUUUGUUAUAUAAAGAAUUCAAUCCAUUACCUCAAAACUCUUUACUAAUGACUCUUUUUUCUUUAGUUUCCGCUUUAACAGCGUAUAUAGUAGCUCAGUGCGUUGGUUCUCAAUAUUAUUCAAAGUUAACUGCUCAAGUGGCUCUUAAAGCUUUAAGACAUCUAUAUCAUCUUUUCAAGAUGUCUUUUUCAUUACCAGAUCUUCUCUUCCUGUAUUAUGAACUGCAUGAUUUAGUUAUUUUAAAUCUUGCAAAACAUACGCGUUUCUCUUCAAUGUAUGGUUAUCGUUGUCUUCAAAAAAAAUUUAUAGAAACCACUCCCACAUUAAACAAAGUUGUGAUGGAUACGGCCGAAUUUCUUUUAACACAUUCGUGUGAUACUGUGAAAAAAGCAGCGGCACAAAAGACUCAUACCGCACUUGAAUUCUCAAAACCAUCUCAACUGAACUUUCCCAUUGAAUGGACUAUUAUUAUUAUAGAAAUUGAAAAAAAAAAAAAUUUUAUACGUUUGCAUUUUUGGAGAUAUAUACCCGAACCAAUUCGAGCGCAUCUUGUAAAAUAUUUAGUAAAACAUGCGUGUCAUACAAAAGAAUCCAAUUGGUUAUGUAGUACUUCUGAAUGGAUACCUGAAACGAAUUGGAUCUCUCUUCAAGAAAAGCUGCAAAACAUUCGUGAAGACAAUUAUGCCUCUGCUAAGCAAACUGUGAAUGUUCAGUCCGAAAUUCCUUAUGAUGAAUUACCACUUGCAAGAAGAACACGACAAGGAAAAAAAAGAUGUGAGACGGAUUCGAUCCAACGCUGGUGGCAAAAACGAUUUUCUAUUGAAAGGGAAUUAUGUCGAUGGCUCGAAAAUUUCGAAAAGUGUUUAAAUACAUCUUUUCCUUUAUUACAAUUUGUUUCUGGGUGGCCUGCAAGUUUUAUGCAACAAUCUUUUUUAACGCUUUUAGACGUUGCAGCAAACGCUUGUAAAAUAUGGUGUAUUCAAACAAAUAACAAUAUGUUAAUGGAGUUUUCCAUUUUUUAUCAUUUAGUUCAUUUCACUCUUACAUUUUGUAAUUUUAAUGUUGAAUGUCAACUUUCUUGUGAAACAUUAAGAGUGGAAUCUUCUUUAAAAGUUGGGUAUGAAAAGUAUUUCAAACAUUGUUUUGAGAAACGUUAUUUGUAUACUUAUCAAGCUUCUUCAAAAAAAAUUUGGAAAUCUUUUCUAAAUGGACCAGUUCAUCUUUUAACGCAAUAUUUACUUUCAUUCAAUUCCUUUAAAAAAAUUUCUUUUUCAUUACAAAAAUAUUUACCUUCACAUUUCAAACCUAGUGUUUAUGGUAUAUCCAACCAUCCGAUUGUUUUAUUUCUUAAUAGCCAUGACCUUUUCUCUCAUGAAAUUCCUUGGAAUGCAUUACCUACAUUAAGAGGACAUAAUAUCACUCUCGGCAUUGAUAUUAGCGUAUGUCAAUCGCUUUAUUCAAAAUGGGUCACAGGGACCACGCCUUAUUUGGAUCCUCGUACUGCGACGAAAUUUUUGGUCAUCAAUCCAUCCAAUGACAAUUCUUUGCCUCAGAAAGCCGUUCCUCACGAAUGGAUUUCUUCUUCUUCUGAAACCUCCAAUUUGAUUUUCAACAACAUAUUUUUGAAUACUGUUCCUCAAGCUCAGGCUAUUCUCUAUAAUUUAUGUCAUAAAAAUAUAUACAUUUAUUGUGGUCACGGUGGAGGGUCCCAAUUCAUUCAUCCACAAAAAAUACAAUCGGGUUACGUCUCAACACAAGAUUCUUUACAAGGAAAACGUGGAGCUACGAUUACUGCAAUGGCUUUAUUAAUGGGUUGCUCUUCUAUUAAAUUUUUUCGAGAAUCUUCUACACAGCAAAGUGAAGUCAGCAGCUUUGCUUUCAACUUUCAUAUAGGAGGAGCACCUUCUAUUCUAGGGCUUUUAUGGGAUGCUACUGAUCAUGAUCUGGAUCGAUUUACGUUAUGUUGUUUAUCAGCUUGGUGUAACGUAUGGCAAUUAUAUCAGCCAGAUGCUACAUGUACAUCUGUGACCACGUUUUGGGGAGCUCUUUCUCAUUCAAAACGCAUUGCAAGAACCUCUUGUUAUCUCAAAUGGUUAACGGGAGGUGCUUGUAUUCAAACGGGUUUACCGUUUUAAAUUGUUCAGUGAACACUUUUCCUACUUCAACAAAAACUAACAUGAAGAAAUCUUUUCUUUUAAAAUAACUUAUCCCACUCUCCGUUUAUUCAACACUUUAUAUAAAAGUGUGAUAUAUGUGUGUUUAUUUUUUUAGUAAACGCACCACUCUUUUAUUCAAAUACUUUUUUAUUAACAAACCAUAUUUUUUGACAAUACCUAGCUUUUUAUUUGCUUACCUGUAGUUUUGAAAAGCAGUAGACAAAAAAACACAAUGUAUUUUUUAAAAAAAAGUCAACCUCCUGUAAUAUAAGGCAUAGAAAAAUCGAAACUUGUGUCCAACUUUUAAGGGUCAAAGUGGCUUGAAAUGUUAAUUUAGUGCUUUUUUAUUACUCAAAAAA